CAGCUGCGCUUCUCUUAUCUUCUUCCCCCUUCCUCUGGUCUUUGCCUUAAACCCUAGCAACUGGUUCGUUCAUUAUCAAAUGGGAGAUUCACCAUUCUUAACCGCUACUUUCUGAGAGCGAAAAGAUUUUGUCUUUCUCUUCUCUUUAACCCGGAAAAAAUGUACUGUAACCUGACAAGAACCCAAGGCUUUCCAAUGGCGAUUAGGGUUUCCUUACAACAAACCAAAGCUACUAAAAGCUGUUUCCACCUCAAAGGAAGCGCCUUUGCACAUGUCUCGACUGGGUUUAGCCGAGGUAGUCUUUUAGUUAGCUCUCGCCUCAAAUCUAUAGAGAUUGGAAUGUUAGGGAAGCUUGAAAGCGUUAGAGACUAUUCUAGCUUCGAUUCACAGAGAUUUGGCAAACGAAGUAGUGGUGGUAAUAGAGGAAGAUCUGGAUUAGUUUCAAAAGCUUACCGAGACCAGAGAAGUGACGGAAACGGCCGUGGAGACUCCAUUUGGGUGAAGCCAGUCGAAGAGAGGAGAGGUAAUGGAUCAUCUUCAUCUUGGGAGAAGAAACGAGAUGGAAACGGUUCUGUUUCUUCUGAUAGGAGAAGUAGAUUUAGUGGUGAAACAAGAAAGCGUGAUUCUUUCCGUGGUAGAAGAGAUGAUGGAGAAAGCGAGAAAGCUACUGGAAACUCUAUUUGGGUUGCUAAUGACUCACCGGUUAAAGAGCAGUUGCCUAAAGUUAAUCGUUAUGCUCGAGAAGAUGAUGAAGGAGUUGAAACCGAGCAUGUUGAAGAAGAGCCAAACGAUGCUAGGUGGCCUGAGAUCAGAAAUAGGUUCAAUAGGUAUGAUGUAAGAAGAGAUGAAGGGCGCGGUGGCAACGCAGCGUAUCAAAACUGGAACAGGCAAGAGAGCUGGGGAAGGAGGACGUGGCAAGAGGCGACCGAGUCAAGCGUGCCUAGGAUGGUCGGUGAAGUGGUUUACGGAGUGAGUCCGGUCUUAGCUGCGCUCUCUGCCGGGAGACGAGAGCUGUACGCUCUGUACGUUCAAGAAGGUUUGGAUCUGAGCAGUAACAACAAGAAGAAGAAAGACAAGAAAGGUUUUGAGAGAGUCUUGAAACUCUCUGAGAAGCUUGGGUUAGAUAUUAAAGAAACUUCCAAGCAUGAUCUCAACAUGGUUGCUGAUAACAGACCUCAUCAAGGACUGGUGCUGGAUGCUUCACCAUUGGAGCUGGUGAAAGUGAAAGAGCUAGAUAAGGUUUCUUCGGAGGAAGAAGAGAAGUACUCUCUUUGGGUGGCGUUAGAUGAGGUCACUGAUCCGCAGAACUUAGGUGCCAUCAUAAGGUCUGCUUACUUUUUCGGAGCCACUGGAGUUGUGGUGUGCGCUAAAAACUCGGCUCCGUUGAGUGCGGUGGUGAGUAAAGCAAGUGCUGGAUCUCUGGAAGUGAUGGAGCUUAGAUACUGCAAGAACAUGAUGCAGUUCCUGGAAGCUUCCGCUGAGAACGGUUGGCGUGUGGUUGGUGGUUCGGUUUCUUCCAAGGCUGUUGCUUUGAACGAGGUUUCACCCGGUAGGCCGACGAUUCUUGUGCUGGGGAAUGAAGGGACUGGGUUAAGGCCGUUGGUGGAGAGAUCAUGCACUGAUUUAGUUCGGAUUAGUGGGAAUAUGGCUAGCGAUGUUGCAGCUAGUACAGAGUCUGAAGAUGGGGAAGUGGAAGGAUUGAGAUCUUUCUUAGCUGUGGAGAGUUUGAACGUGAGUGUUGCAGCUGGUUUGUUUCUUCAUCACUUGAUAGGAAACAAAGCAAGUGUUUGAUUCAGUGGUGCUUAGUUUCUCUGAAUAAUUUCAUUUUUGCAGCAAACUUGGGGGUUGCUAUGUGCUUGAUAUUACUUUUCUACUCUCAUUCUAUGGUUAUUUACUAAAGUUUAGUUGUUAA